CGGCGCAGACGCACGCCGGGCGUGCUCUCAGUACGCGCGCGCCCUCGCCAUGGCUCGCUGGCUGAAGGCCCUGGCGGCCGUGUUCCUCCUCGCCGCCGCCGCGACCGCCGCGCGCAAGUCGCCCCCGAAAGCCGAACCCCAGAUCGAGGAGGUUACCGCCAAACAGUUGGAUCGAGUACUGGAAGACAAGGACUUCGUCGCGGUGUACUGGUAUGCAAGGAGCUGCGUGACAUGUGACAAAGUGCUAGAAGAGCUGGAGAAGAUAGACGACGACACAGACACGUUUGGGGUGGACUUCGUCAAGAUCAAUGACAAGAGGCUCGCCAAGCAGUAUGGCAUCACGAAAUUCCCCGCCCUCACGUACUUCCGUGAGAAGGAACCGAUCAUUUACGAAGGAGAUCUCAUGGACGAAGAAAGCGUCCUGGAUUUCCUGACGAGUUUAGAAUCCAUGGACCUUCCGGACCGGAUAGAGGAGGUAAACCAGAAGAUCCUGUCCAAGAUCAUCGAGGACACGGAAUACGUUGCCGUUCUCUUUUGUCCUGACCACAAAAAUUGCGGCCCAUCGAACAACAAGCCCGAAUGCAAGAAGUGUGCGAAGGCGCUUCAAGAACUGGAGAACAUUGAUGAUGAAGCUGACCAGCUGGGAAUCGGGUUCGUCAAGAUUCACGACGAAGAACUUGCCGAGGAGUACAGUCUUGGAGAGUUGCCAAGACUUGUGUACUACAGGCACGAAAUACCAAUUAUCUAUGAAAGUGAGUUGAGCAAAGAGGAAGAUGUCCUGGAGUGGUUGAUCGCCAACAAGUCCACCGGUGACGAAGAAGAUGUAAUCGAAGACGUCACGGCCAAGACCCUCAACACCCUCAUCGGCAACGUGGAUAACCUUGUUGUUGUCUUCUAUGACCACGGUGACGAGGAAUCAAUGACAGUCCUUGGCGAGCUCGAAACCAUCGAUGACGACUGCGACCGCCACGGCAUCCAGUUCGUCAAGAUCGACGACGCCAAGGCCGCCAACUCCUUCGGCAUCGACAACAUCCCCUCCAUCGUCUACUUCGAGAAGCAGAUCCCCAACGUUUACGACGGUGAUCUUGAAAACGAGGAAGAGAUCCUGGAGUGGCUGGUGGGGCAGCUGGAGAAGGACGAGAUCGAGGACGUCACCGAUGAGAUGCUGGACAAGUUGAUCAAGGACGGGAAAACCGUUGCCGUGCUAUUCUAUGACAAUAACGAUCGCAAAUCUCAGAAAGUAUUAGCAGAACUUGAGAACAUUGAUGACGAGUGCGAUACCCUUGGCAUUGCGUUUGUGAAGAUUGACAAUGAUGAAGAAGCUAAAGAAUACGGCAUUGAAAAGAUCCCAACUCUUCUGUAUUUCGAAAAGGGCAUCCCGACUUAUUACGAAGGAAAUCUGGAAGAGGAAGAGAAAGUAUUAGCUUGGCUCAGGUAUCAAGUGGAGAGCGACGAAAUUGAGGAUAUCACUGAUGAAAUGCUCGACCUCAUUAUCGAGAAAAUGCCAUAUGUCGCUGUGCUGUUCUACGACAAGGACCAGAAGAAGAGUCAAAAGAUCCUUUCUGAGCUGGAGAACAUCGACGACGAAUGUGACCAAAAUGACAUUGCCUUUGUCAAGAUUGAUGACGAUAAAGAAGCCAAGGAAUAUGGUAUUGAAUCCAUCCCAACUAUGGUUUUCUUCGAGAAAGGUAUCCCUCACAUCUAUGAAGGCGAUCUGAUGAAGGAAGAUGAAUUACUCGGAUGGUUACUACAUCAGAAACGACAUAGUGAGAUUCCUGAAGUCACUGAUGAGAUGAUGGACAAGUUAAUAGAAAGUACUCCGUAUUUGGCUGUUAUCUUUUACGACAAAGAGGACAAACAAGAUAUAAGGAUCCUCAAUGAACUAGAAAACAUUGAUGAUGAACUAGAAAAGGAAGGUAUCGUUAUUGUGCGAAUGGACAACGAGAAUGAAGCUAAAGAAUUCGGUAUCGACCAUCUGCCGACCCUCGUAUACUUUGAAGAGAACAUCCCCGCUAUCUACGAAGGUGACCUGAUGAAUGAAGAUGAAGUAUUGGAGUGGCUCAUUGAACAGAAGAACAGCGCUACCAUUGAGGAGGUUACUGAUGAAAUCUUGACUGAUCUAAUCGAAGAGCACGAAUACGUGGUCGUUUAUUUCAGCGGCAACUGCGAAGAGGGCGACGAAUGCGACAACAUCCUUGACGAGCUUGAAAACAUCGACGACGAGCUGGACGAAACAGGCAUCAUCUUCGUCACCACCGAGGACCUGUCGCUCGCCAAGAAGUACGGCAUCAAGACCUUUCCCACGCUUGUGUUCUUCAGGAACAAGGACCCACUCAUUUAUAAGGGUGACAUCGAGGACGAGGAUGAAGUGCUGUCAUGGCUGACGGACGAAGACACCCUCGAGAUCCCCGGCAAGAUCGAGGAGGUCAACUCUAGGAUGCUGGAGAAGAUCCUCGCUGAAAACGACCAUAUCGUUGUCUUUUUCUACAAGGAGGGCGACAAGAAAUCACAAAAAGUACUCAGCGAGCUUGAAAACAUCGAUGACGAGUGCGAAGAAAAAGACAUCGAUUUUGUUAAGAUUUCUGAUGAAGGAGUGGAGAAGGAAUACGACCUGUCUGAACUGCCGGCUUUGGCUUUCUAUCGCCACAAGUUCAGAACCAUCUAUGAAGGCGACUUGAUGCAUGAAGAAGAUAUCUUGUCUUGGGUGUUGGAAUUAGUUGACUCUCAGCCUGACGUUAUUGAGAGCGUAGACAGGAAGACUUUGAAGGAUUUAAUUGCUGAUGUGGAACAUCUUGCCGUCUUUUUUUACAGUGAUGAUUGCGACACCUGCGACGAAGUGCUCGAAGAACUGGAGACAAUUGACGACGACACAGACAAAUACGAGAUUCAGUUCGUCAAAUCCAAGGACUCCAAACUGGCUUCAGACAUUGGAAUUUUCAGUUUCCCAGCUCUGGUAUACUAUGAGACCGGCGUUCCGAUCAUGUACGAUGGUGACUUAAAGAACGAAAAUAAGGUCCUCCAGUGGCUUAUAGAUCAAAAAAGUGAAGAUAGCAACCGACAUAAAAAUAAAGCUAAUACUAAAUCGAAGGCCAAUGCAGAUGGUAGUAAAGCCUCGGGGUUUGGCGGAAAUACAGAUGUGGAUAAGAAAAAUACACCGAAAAGGGUAAAACCAACAGAAUGGAAGACUAUCGGAACAUUGAAAGUUAGAUUCCCCGGUGAUCCAAAAAGGAAGGAAGAUGGGAAAGUAAAACCGAAAAUAGAUGACGAUGACGACAAUGACGAUGACGAUGAUGACGUCGACGACGAUGAAGAUGACGACGAUGAAGAUGGUGUCGAUGACGACGAUGAUGAUGACGACGAUGACGAUGAUAAAGACGACGAUGACGAUGACGACGAUGAAGAUGGUGACGAUGACGACGAUGAUGAUGACGAUGACGAUGAUAAAGACGACGAUGAUGACGAUGACGACGAUGACGAUGAUAAUGAUGACAACAAUGACGAUGAUGACGACAAGGAAAAUGAAGUAAAAGGGUCUAAAUUAAAAGAAUUACUAAAGUUAAGAAAAAAUAAAGAAGCUACAUGGAAAACUGUGGGUAAAUUAAGAAUCCGUAUUCCUGGUAACAAACAUAGUAAGAAAGACGAUGAUGAUGGUAAUGACAAAGACGACGACGAUUAUGACGACGACGAGGAUGAUGAUGAUGAUGAUGAUGAUGAUGAUGACAGUGACGAUGAUGACGAUGACAAUGACGUCGAUGACGAUGAUGACGACAAUGACAAAGACGACGAUGAUGACGAGGAUGAUAAAAGAAGCUAUAAAUCAAAAACAAUAUCAACUAAAUAUCAAAGAAAUAAUAUGGGUGCUGGUUCAAAAAAUUUACAAGUAAAAAAAAACUCAGUGAAAAGUAAACAUAAUGAUGACACCGAUGACGACGACGACGAUGGUAAUGAAAAUGACGAUGGUGACGAUGAUGAUGAUGAUGACGAUGAUGAUGACGACGACGAUGAUGAUGCCGACGAAGAUGAAAACGACAACGACGUUGAUGAUGACGACGACGAUGAUGAACCAACCUUCAAAAGAAAUAAAGUCGGUAGUAAUUUAGGGAGUAAAAAAAAACACCAAAAAAAUGAUGACGAUGAUGACGACGAUGACGACAGUGACGAUGACAGUGUAAAAUCUAAAAAGAAACGUAACAAUUAUUUGGGGCACAAGAAAGGAAUUCAGUAUAAAAGAAAUAAUUUGCGAAACCAUGACGACGACGACGAUGACGAUGACAAUGGCGACGAUGACGAUGACAACGACGAUGAUGAUGACGAUGACGACGACGACGAUGAUGAUGAUGAUGACGAGGAUGACGACGACGACGAUGACGACGAUCACGAUGAAGACGAUAGUUUUUUCGGUAGAAUAAAACGAAUGUUUACAGGCGAUCGCUGUUUCUACAUUGGAUUGGGGGCGAAACCGGCCGCCCCAAAAAUGACUUACGAACCCUACCAAUGCUGUCCCACUAAAGUUCAAAGUCCGACCAAAGUAGCCAAAGCCAUCCCGACCAAGGUUCCGGCCAAGAAACUCGAGAAGGGAAGCCCCAAGCAGCAAGAAAAGCCCGCCAAGGGGUCGAAAGCACUCGCCAAGCCGGAAAAGGGAAAAGGAAAAAAAGGUAAUUUACUGGAUGAAUCAGAAGUGCUGGAAUGGAUGGUCAAACAAAAGGAAGAUGAAAGUAUUGAACAUAUUGAAAGAGAAAAGUUGUUCAAAUAUAUUGACACAAAAGAAUUCUUAGCAGUUGUUUUCUAUAAAGAAGAAGAUCCAGAGACUCCGCGUAUUCUAAGGUACGUGGAACUAAUCGAUGACGAAGCAUCAGAGUACGGCAUCAAAGUAGUAAAAUGCAGCGAUCGUUUGAUGGCCAAGAAAUACGGUUUCCGCAAUCCGCCUGGCAUCACCUACUUUAGGAAGGGCAAAUACAUCAAUUACGACGGAGACAUGGAUGACGAGGAAGAGAUUUUGGACUGGUUAACCAAUCCGGAAAACAUGGAACUUACGGAUCACAUAGAAAAAGUUAAUCGUAAAAUGUUUCAGAAGAUACGACAGACAUCCGAUUAUGUAGCAGUAUUCUUUUACAGUAAUGACUGCAAACAGUGUCCCAGAGUGCUGCUGGAGAUAGAGCACAUUGACGAUGACGCUGACGGCGCCGGUAUCAACUUUGUCAAGAUUGACGACAAGCAGAUGGCCAAGGAAUUUGGAGUUUUCGCUUUACCUGCUGUGCUGUUCUUCAAAAUGGGAUCUAAAGACCCUGUCAUUUACGCUGGUGAUCUUUACGAUGAACAUCAGUUAUUAAACUGGUUGUUGACUCAAAAGAAUCCAUCAGGUGAUGUAAUUGAAGCUCUCGAGGGUAAAGAUUUACUCAAAUUAAUAGAAGAGGAAGGAUCUCUUGCUGUGUACUUCUGGAACAAAACGUUAUGUGAAUUAUGCAAUUCAAAGGCAAUGCGAAAAACACAGAAAAAGAAAGACAAAGAAAGAGAUCCUGAAGACGAAGAGGCGCCAGAAGAGGAUUCGCUCGACUGCGAGCAAUGCGCUGGCAUUUUGGAAGAACUGGAGAACAUAGAUGACGAUUGUGACCGACAUAAAAUAAAGUUCGUGAAGACACAAGAUUACUCGAUAGCGGAAUCGUAUGGAGUUACUGACUUCCCAGUAUUGGUGUAUUUUGAGAACAAUGUUCCGAAUGUGUACGAAGGUUCUCUGGCGGAGGAGGAAGAAGUGUUGCAAUGGUUGAUUACACAGAAAACUGAAGACCGCAUUGAAUUGAUAACGAGAGUGAUGCUAGAAAAUAUGGUUGAAGAAACACAGUACUUGGCAGUUUACUUUUACAAAUUGAACUGUCAUAUUUGCGACGCUAUUCUUGAAGGACUAGAGGAGGUAGACGACGAAUGCGACGUUUACGGUAUUCAUAUGGUCAAAAUACAAGAUCCACAAUUAGCCAAACGAUAUUCUAUCAAGACCUUCCCGGCGAUGGUUUACUUCAGGAACGGCAAUCCACUGCUUUUUGAAGGUGAUCUGCAGAAUGAAGAAUCAAUUCUUGAGUGGCUUAUUGACGAUGAAAAUCGGGAGCUUGCAGAUGAAAUUGAAUCCGUAAACGAGAGAAUGCUAGAGAGGCUCCUAGUCGAAUCACAUUUACUCGUCGUCUUCUUCUAUGAUGAUGAAGACUGUCCAGAAUGUGAAGAUCUGCUCGAAUCACUAGAACAAAUAGAUGGUGAAGUAGAUCAAUUUGGUAUUGAUUUUGUGAAAAUAGCCAGUCCAGAAGCGGCCGCGAAGUACAACGUUAUUAAUAUACCUUCUCUAGUGUAUUUCCGCAAACAAGUACCCAUGCUCUAUGAUGGCGACAUCCAUCAAGUUGAUAAGGUUCUUAGUUGGCUAACUUCUCAAGACGUUUUCGAAAUUAAAAAUGAAAUUGAGGAGGUCAACCGCAAAAUGUUGGAUAAGUUGCUGGAGGAAAACGAAUUUUUAGCUGUUUAUUUCUACGAAAAAUCACAAGAAAGUCGAGCCGUAUUGGACAAAUUGGAGAAUAUUGAUAGCGAAACGGAUAACUUGGAUAUAACUUUUGUAAAAAUGGAAGACCCGCGAUACGCAAGAAAAUGGGGAGUCACUAAAUUACCAGCUAUCGUGUACUUUAGAAAGAGAUUCCCAAGCAUAUACAGAGGCGACACAAUGAACGAAGAGGAAGUACUGGACUGGCUUCGAAAGAAUCGAUUUAGACAGCCAGAGCUAAACAUAUUCAUGUACGCUCUGAUAGCGCUGUCAAUAGCGUUCGUGAUGUACACUGCGUUCCUGCUGCAGUGCUUCAAGCCCGCACCGCCUGCGCCGGCACCGCAUCCGAAGCAGGCGUGAGACAACACUACAUUUCUAUUUUGAUUGUGACAUCCGCCUUCAGGCUUGGAUUUCUUACCAUGACUUUGACAUAUGAUCCAUUGACAUUCAACAAUCUUCCAUCAAGUGUCUGUUGACAAUGGAUCAAAUAAGAUUAGACAAUUUAUAAGUUCUUGGGAUCAAACAUUUUCUUUGAUAGACAUUUUAGAAGAUAUUACGAAGUAAUAGAACUCGCUUUGACAAAGCAAUCCUGGAUUGACAAUAGGCUAAGUUUUUUAAGACUACUUUGGGUUGGAAAUAUUUUUCAUCACUUUACUAAUAAUGAGAACAUUCGUGUAAGUUUUUUUAUUCUAGCAUUUUGAAAAUGUUGCUGUUAUCUUCCUUAAGACUGUUCGUAAUCUUCUCGGUAGUAUUACCUGUAUGGAUCUUAGUGUGCGAUGAACCAUUUUCCAAUGUUUCUGUUUCGGUCAAUUGUAUUGAUCCUGGUAUUGAUAUCUACAACCUUUUUAUUUUCGUUGAGUCUUUGAUAAGUUUGCGUUUGAGUGAUUUUGAGUUUUUUGGCAAUGUCACUAAUUUAAAUGUCGUCAACUUUAUUUGUUACUUUGGCGGCUAUUUUAUUUUAAAUUUUUAUUUUUCGUGACAUUGCUUUCGAGCUCCGUUCCAGUGACUGCCAAAUAGGCGGGAUCUUGCCAUCAGCAUGAUACUACAAUACUUAAAGCAAGUUAUGGUAUGGUUACUCUAAGUAGUCUAAGUAAUACCACAUUUCAAUCUAUAAUUUACAUCACGACAAUUUUGAUUUUGUGUAAUAUUUCCUUCGUAUUUGUUUCUUUGCUUCGUGAACUUGGUAGGUAACUUUUUUUAUAUCGAUGAUCCAGCUAUAAUCGUAAUCAGCAUUCAGCAUAGUAUAAUUAAGUUUUAAAGUAUAGUAGUAGCAUGCCCGAUAUUCUCUGUAUCAUUCCCGCUAUUAUAUGUAUAAUUAUAAUGAUACCGUCAUAAAGGAACGAUAAGGGAAGCAUAAGCAGUUACGAUAUGUUAUAUGCUCAAAAGAGUCUGCGCGGGAAAAGGCGCGCGCGUUAGAUGAUAAAAUUGUAUAUAAAAUGUACAUAAUUUAAAUAAAAAUAGUAAAACUUG